UUUUAUAGAAAGAUAAUCUUUCAGGCUUUUGAGGGUGAUGUGUAGUAUAGUGUAUAUAAUAUAUUCUUUAACGGACUCGUUGGUUGGCACCGGCCGCCUCCUCGUCUCGCUUCACGACAAGUCCCAGUUUCAUUUUUAAUUAUUGUUUUCACAUCCAUUUUCACUAAGCUAUAUAUAUCGGUAGUUUUCUGGGAAUUUGAGCUAUUGAUUUUUGCGUUGAAUAUGGAUUGUGAAAUGGAGAAAAAUUCCCACGAUGGGGUUGUCGUUAACGGAGGAAACGACGGCGUGUUGGGCCUACAUUCCAAGAAGAAGAAGGUCAUUAUUGAUACCGAUCCAGGGAUUGAUGAUAGCAUGGCAAUCUUAAUGGCAUUCCAAAAUCCGGAGGUGGAUAUCUUAGGUUUGUCGACUGUAUUUGGAAAUGUUAGGACGGAAGAUGCCACUCGUAAUGCCUUACUUCUGUGUGAGAUCGCAGGGUGUCCAAGUGUUCCUGUAGCUGGAGGCAGCCACGAACCUCUUAAGGGUGGGAGGCCACGAGUUGCUGACUUUGUUCAUGGCUCUGAUGGAAUGGGGAAUAUAUUUCUACCUCCUCCAAAAACAGAGAAAUCUGAUAAGAGUGCCUCUGAAUUUUUAGUUGAAAAGGUCUCUCAGUACCCUGGUGAAGUAUCCAUACUUGCACUUGGACCACUGACAAAUGUGGCAUUGGCAAUCAAAAGAGACUCUUCCUUUCCUAGCAAGGUUAAAAAAAUAGUAGUACUUGGUGGCUCAUUCUUUGCAUUAGGAAAUGUUAAUCCUGCAGCUGAAGCAAAUAUUUAUGGUGAUCCUGAAGCAGCUGAUGUUGUGUUUACUUCGGGAGCAAAUAUCGUUGUUGUCGGGAUAAACAUUACUACACAAGUCCAAAUGACAGAUGAUGACCUCCUCAAAUUGAAGCAAUCAAAUGGGAAGCAUGCUCAGCUGCUAAGUGACAUGUGCAAAUUCUACAGAGAUUGGCACGUGAAGUCCGAUGGUGUAUACGGGAUAUUCCUCCAUGAUCCUGUCAGUUUCGUGGCACUAGUUCGGCCAGAUCUCUUCACAUACAAGAAGGGGGUUGUGAGGGUUGAAACGCAGGGCAUAUGCGUGGGGCAUACAUUGUUGGAUCAAGGAUUAAAAAAAUGGAAUGGAAGCAACCCAUGGACAAGCUAUUCCCCAGUUUCCGUUGCGCGGACGGUGGAUGUGGAUGAAGUCCUUAAUUAUGUUAAAAGAAUGUUGAUGAAACCGUAAAGGCUUCGGAACCACUUUGACAUUUUAGAAGAUUUCCCGGAGAUGGGAAUUUGCCUUUGAUUUCUCAUAAUUGUUGCUAGAUCUUCAUCUCUCCUUUCACUGAAAAACAUUCACCUUGAUGAUCCUCAACUAGUCAGAAAAAUACUGAAAUAUGAAUGCUUUGAUCCAAAAUAUUUUAUGUUAAUGUCAGGGUUUCUGCUAA